AAACAAAACCCAAACUGGAGAAGGCACCACUAGAACAGUUAAGCUGCUUGGCUAGGCAGAGAGAGCCGGAGAGGUCAAAAGAGAGAGAAACUCGAGCAGAAAAUCACAAAACAGGGUUUUGCUAGGGCUUUACAUUUCAAGGAAAGAAAAAAAAAAAACCCCAAGAAUUCGAAGAACCCAGAAAGGUUAGGAAUGAAUAUGUGGAAAGCCAAUUCAGUGAGAUCCCUUAGAUACCUCCGCCAAUCCGCCAUUAACAACACCACCACGUCAAGACCUUUCUAUGCUUCUUCCGCACCUUUGGUUCUCAAACAAACCAAUCUUUCUUCUUCAAAAACCUUUCCAAUUUCCCAAUCCCCUUUCUCCUCCACAAUCCCAGUCCGCUUUCUUCGCACUGGUCGAGAACAAGGCAUCAGCUAUGAGAUUACGCCGCCGGUGAAUUGGGGGAUUCGGAUAGUGCCGGAGAAGAAGGCGUAUGUGAUCGAGAGAUUCGGCAAGUACGUGAAGACUCUGCCUUCGGGGAUCCAUUUCUUGAUUCCGUUCGUCGAUAGGAUUGCCUACGUGCAUUCCUUGAAGGAGGAGGCCAUUCCCAUUCCGGACCAGUCCGCUAUCACCAAGGACAAUGUCAACAUUUUGAUCGACGGGGUGCUCUACAUCAAGAUUGUGGACCCCCAGCUGGCCUCUUAUGGUGUUGAGAAUCCCAUAUUUGCGGUGAUUCAGCUUGCGCAAACAACAAUGCGUAGUGAGCUUGGUAAGAUCACUCUCGACAAGACGUUUGAGGAAAGAGACACGCUUAAUGAAAAGAUAGUGGAGUCUAUCAAUGUGGCUGCAAAAGAUUGGGGCCUGCAGUGCCUUCGUUAUGAAAUAAGGGACAUAUCUCCUCCCCGUGGAGUGAGGGUAGCUAUGGAGAUGCAAGCAGAAGCAGAACGCAAAAAGAGAGCUCAAGUUCUUGAGUCUGAAGGAGAAAGACAGGCCAACAUCAAUAUUGCUGAUGGGAAGAAGAGUUCUGUAAUCUUACAAUCUGAAGCUGCGAAGAUGGAUCAAAUUAACAGAGCUCUAGGUGAAGCUGAAGCCAUCCUUGCUAGAGCAAAAGCAACAGCUGAAGGAAUCGCCUUGGUGUCACAGACCCUUAAGGAAAAUGGAGGAGUAGAGGCGGCGAGUUUGAGAAUUGCUGAGCAAUAUAUUCAUGCCUUCAGUAAUAUUGCCAAGGAGGGCACAACAAUGUUGCUUCCUAGUUCAGCUGCCAAUCCUGCCAGCAUGAUGGCUCAAGCACUCACAAUUUACAAAAGCCUGAUUGGCAAAGUUCCCGGUGAUGGGUCUCAUGAAGCCUCUUCCCCUGCAUUAACAUUAGCCGUAAAGGGCGAUGCUUCGUCAAGAGAAACCAGGGAUGAGAGCCCCACUUUUGCUAAAACGGAUGACAUAGGUCAUCUUGGCAAUAGCAAGCCAGGAUUUUCACUUCAGAGCCACAAUGAAGGAACAUAGAGUUGAUCCCAACAAACUUAUUCUGGAAUUAAAUCAGAUUGUACGACUCUGUUUUGCCAGUUUUGUGGUUGUCGCUCUAAUUCUUACUUGUAAGUUUCUACAUGAUUGGAAGAGAGGAAAGCUGGUGAUAAUAGUAAACUGAUUUUUGGAUGCCUAUUCUUUUGGAAGAGCACGUGUCGUUGUCCAUGUAGAAUGGGCGGUUAGGAUGUGUUUUCCUACCGGCAAAGUCAGACAAAGGAAUCGAGAAAUUUUCAGUCAAAAGUUAAAACUUGCACUAUGCAUUA